AUGACAAGUCAUACAUUUACAGAUGAUGAAGAUGAUGAUAUUUCAUACAACUCUGAUAAUGAAAAUGUAGAUAGUAAUAAUAAUAAUAAUAAUAGUAAUAAUAAUAGUAAUAAUAGUAAAAUUAAAUCACAAAAUAAAGUAACAACAAAUAAUCAUCAUCAUCAUAGUAGUAAUAAUAAUAGUGGUAUUCAUUACAAUAAUCAAAAUGAAGCUAUUGUAUCUGAAUUGAUUCAUUAUUCUUCAUCUGGAGAUUUAGAAGCAAUCAAAGAUACAAUUAAACGAUUAGAGAAUAAGAAUUCAUUGACUCCUUAUUCAUCCUAUUCAAAUUAUACAACUUCACCAAAUGGCUCUACUACCGCUGCUGCUGGUGGUUCACCAUCAAUAUCGUCUUCGUCAUCGUCAUCGUCAUCGUCGUCAUCGAUUGGACCAUCAAGAAUCAUUAAAUCAAUCUUGAAUCAAAAGGAUGUUCAAGGAAAUACAGCAUUGCAUUGGGCAUGUUUUAGACGCCAUACAACCAUUGUAUACUAUUUGGUUUCAAAGGGUGCCGAUGUCAAUGCACCAAACAUUGAACAAUGGCAAACACCAUUACAUUGGGCCUGUCUUUCAGGUGACGUUAAUCUUGCUGGUGGCGAUAUUUAUCGUCGUGAUAAGCGUGGACUCAACUGUCUACUCUUGUCAUGUUCUCAACCAACCGUAUCAGUAUCCUUUUCAAACAACUCCUCUUCUGCCCCCAUCGAUAACAUUCAUCUAGUCAGAUACCUCAUGCAUCGUGGUAUGCCUGUCACUUCAAAAGAUGAUGAAGGUCAUACUGCUCUUCAUUGGGCUGCUUUUGCCGGAAAUGUUAAAUUAAUUAGAUUCUUUUUAAGAAAAGGAGCAGAGAUUAAUUGUUUGGAUAAUCUUGGUAGAACUCCUUUCCAUUGGGCUGCUUAUAAAGGUUAUUAUGAAGCUGUUAAAGUACUUUAUGAAGAAAGUGCUUCAAUAACUAUAAGAGAUAAUGAUAAUAAAACAGCAAGAGAAUUGGCAAAAACAAGAUCAACUGAUCCAGUUUUAAAGUUUUUAAAACAAGUUGAAGAACAUCAUGUUCAUACAAAUAUUGAAAAAAAGGGAUAUGAAAAUAAUAAUACAUUUUGGAUAAUAUUAGCAAUGUUGGGAAACUUUUUAUUCUUUAUCACUUUAUUAAGUUUUAAGAUUUAUUUUUCGAUUCCUUUAUUGAUAUUGUAUGGUAAUUUGGCAAGGUUGGCAUUGACAAAGUUUUGGCCUCCUGAUUCACCUAAUCCCUUACCAGUGUCUUGGUGGAUUAUUGGAUGUACUAUAUGUUGGUGGUCAUACUUUUUGUUGAUGUUUUGGGACACUACCGAAUUUGUAUUCUCUCAUGUAAUCAUCAAUAUCUUUAGUGCCGUCUUUUUCUACUGCCUAUGUAAAUUACCUUUUACCGAUCCAGGUGUAGUUAAAUCUACCGUUGAAAAUGAUCAUCAAUCAUUUUUAACUUGUUUGGAAAAUAAUCAACCAACUCCAGAAAUUUGUGUUACUUGUUUUACAAAUAGACCAAUUAGAUCAAAACAUUGUAAAUUUUGUCAAGUUUGUGUAGCUAGAUAUGAUCAUCAUUGUAUUUGGAUCAACAAUUGUGUUGGUACAAAUAAUCAUCGUAUGUUUAUAUUAAUGUUAUUUAGUUAUAGUUUGGUUGCAGUUCCAAUGUAUUAUGUUGCCUAUCAUUUUUAUAAAGCAGAUAUAAAUGGACCAGUAUUGGAAUAUGGUAAUAUGAUUAAUGCAUUGAGCUAUUAUUAUGAUACACAUCGUAUGAUUUCAAUCUUUUUCGUUUAUGGUAUGAUUGCUUGGAUUUGGAUUUGGAAGUUAUUGUCUGCUCAAUUGUUGGGCAUUCUAUUCAACUAUACCACCAAUGAAGUAAUCAAUAUGAACAAAUACUCUUACCUCCGAAAAGAUGGUAAAUGGAAUGUAUUCAAUCGUGGUAUCAUCUCCAACAUUACUGAAUUCUUUAAUGAUAAUAGAAAAUGGUUUAAAAUGUUUUCUAUUUAA